AUGGGAUCCAACGUGGAGCUGGUAUGGCCAGAGUCAGAGGCAUAUUCCUCACGGGUGAACAACUGCUCACAUGCAAAUUCAUCCCUAGCUGCAAUUCGAGUGAAGUUGAGUGCCAAACAAUUCAAGACAUCAUGCUUUGGCCAUCUUCUGAAUAUAGAUAAGAUUCAGUUUAGCGGGCAGAUUGUGCAUGGGGUUGUGUUGCGUAGAGUAGCGGGACAGGGUGUGAAAGACUUGGAUGGACUGAGUUUCUUAAUAGGGUGCAACGUUGCUCAAUUCACUCGUCAAGAUUUCUGUUUGAUCACAGGGCUUCGUUUUGGGGAAGUGCCUGAAGUUUCCAGUGGAGAAAGUGAUGAAAUUAGACUUCAUAAAAGAUAUUUUAUAGACGAAGGAAUUACAUGUAAUGCUUUAAAAGAAGCAUUUCUGAGGUGCAUAGAGGAAGAUGACAUCUACAAGCUAGCUCUUGUUUACUUUGUUGAGUUAGUGGUUUUGGGAAGGGACAAGCAUUUGAACAUCAAAAUAAAUUACCAAACCCUUGCAGAGGACUUGGAUGCGUUCAACAGGUAUCCGUGGGGUUCGGUGUCCUUUGACAAAACCCAAGACAAUUUGUCUUCUACACCAACAAAGUAUGUGAAAAGCUUUGAAAAUGAAGAGGGAUAG